AUGUUUGCCAGGUCUUCGCUAUGUAUUCAGCAUUUUUCCUGGCCGAACAUGAUCCUGUUACUUGUUUCAAUCCCAUUGUUUGUUCUCUUUUGCCUUGUUUUUGCUUCUGGCCAAGUCAAGGAGAUGGCUGAUUUUUCUCCACCUGCAGCUAUCUAGAGCCGCUUACGUUCCGCGGUUAGGCUUCGCUGCGUGGGACACGGAGUCUUAUGAAAAGGUUUUUUUUUCAAAUUACUUUCAAACAUUUUUUGGUUUUCAGACCUUUUCUCAAUCUCCUAUGAACUAUUUCAAAGUUUUGAUCGCGCGGAACAUCUUUAUCGCAUCUUGA